AUGAAGGGCAUUUGGCAGCCUAUUGGAUCGGCCCUGUUGCUGGCUACAUGCCUGCCCGCAGCUUUGGGACAAAUAUGUUCGGAUCACCCAGAAAGCCAUAUCGGCGAUGCUGUUUUGACUAGCAGUGGAUUGAUUGAGGGCCACGCCGCACCUCGCAAGCCUGCCGUGUCUGAGUAUUUGGGUAUUCCCUAUGCUUCGCCACCAAUUGGAGAUCUUCGAUUUGCAGCUCCGGUGGCUUAUGCUUCCGAUGGUACCAUUCAGGCAACUGCCUAUAGCCCUGAUUGCCCUGCAAAUUCCGGUAAAAUUGCAGAUUACCCUGGCUUUACCCCCCAGGCUCUCAAGAUCGUCAAGGGAUUCACCCAGGCCCUGAACACUUCUCACAGCGAGGAUUGUCUUUUCCUGAACGUGUGGACCCGCCCCACAGUCACCAACUUGAAGCCUGUGCUGCUUUGGUUCCACGGUGGUCGGUUCACCGGCGGUGGUGCCAACAACCCAUACUAUGAUGGACAAGCAUUGGCAGAUGAGCACGAGGUCGUGGUUGUGACCAUCAACUACCGAUUGAACAUCUUUGGAUUCUCAGGCGCACCCAAUCUGCCCCAGAACGUCGGCCUGUUGGAUCAGCGCAUGGCAGUGGAAUGGGCCCACCGCAACAUCGCUGCCUUUGGUGGAGACCCAGAGCGCAUCUCGAUCUUCGGACAGUCCGCUGGUGGCGCUGCCGUUGACUAUUACUCUCACGCUUGGGCUGAUGAGCCUCUGGUUGCCGGUCUCAUUUCGCACUCUGGAACUUCGCUCAGCUUUGUUCCCAAUACUGCCGAAGAGUCUGCUGAUUACUUCUUUACCGCUUCCAAGAUUCUUGGUUGCGGUGACAAGACCAGUGAUCACGACGAAGUCGUCAAGUUCCGCCCGCACCCUCCCCCGGCUACUCCCCAGGCAGUGUUCCACCCCACGGUGGACGGAGUUACUGUGUUCAGUGACUACGCCAGCCGAUCUGCUGCCGGUCAAUUCGCUCGUCUGCCUUAUCUGAUCAACAGCAAUCACUAUGAGCCCGGCUAUUAUCGCAUCAGCGCGAACACCGCAAACAUCACCCUCAGCGAUAGCGCAUGGCAAGCUUUCAACGAUGCGGCUUUCACUUGCCCCAGUGGUGCGUCCGCUAGAUACCGCGUUGACAAUGGUGUUCCCGUCUGGCAGUCCCACUACUUCGGUGACUGGGACAACCUGCGUCUGCACCCUAACAGCGGAAGCUACCACGGUGCCGACCUGCCUAUGGUAUUCGGAACUGCGGAGCAGGUCAGCGGAAUUGCUAACAGCGAUGUCGAGAACGAGUUCGCCCGGUACAUGGCCUCCGCCUGGGUUGCUUUUGCAAGUGACCCCAAAGAGGGAUUGACCAAGUUUGGAUGGCCCCAAUACAACCCUAACGAGCAAACGCUUGUUGGACUUGCCUACAACAAUGCCAACGGUAGCCAAUUGCUUCACCCUUCGGAUGUCGAGCAGGGAUGUGCUGCUUUGAACGGAGAUAGCACUCCUGGAAAGGGUGCCUUUUAG